AAUAAUCUCUCUGUGUUAGUUAUAAAGAGGCACUUAUGUAACCUGGACAAAGAAUUCUUUAAGAAAAGUUCUGAAAUAUAUGUAUAUGUUUUCUCCUCUCUUUAUGGUAUGACCCAAGGAGAGUGGGCGUAAGUCCCACCGACCAAUCAGAGAAGCACAGGGAAGCCUCUGAACCAAUCAGAAGGAGUUCUGUUGCAGGCUGGCCUCAGUAGCCAAAGAGAGAGCGCACCCUUGACUCGCGCUGGUGAAGGCGGAAGGAUUUCCUGAGCCAAUCUACAGGUUCACACUACUGGUAUUGUGACGGCCGUGGGUCUCCUUUCCCGCUGCCCUCGGCUUGUCGAAGGCUGGGAACCUGUCAGCGACCAGAUUCCUUGACCCUCCCAGGGCCACACCGUGGCCAGCGCUCUGUGAUGCGCCUGCUUCCAGCCGCCUGGCCCAGCCGCCCUCCACCCUCACCUUGGCGUGCGGGGCCCAGCCAGCUACCCAACGCCAAGCUUCUGGCCGCAAAAUCAGCUGUUCUUGCGCUCCCACCCUUGAGGAAAAUUUCGGUUUUCUCCAGAGUGAGAAAAUUUGAGAGGCCCCCACCCAGGGCUGGAGGUAACGACUGGCAGAUCACCCCAAGCGUGGAGUCAGCCAGCGCCAGCACCAGCGCCAGCGCCGACGCCAGCAGAAGGAAGGGCAAAGCUCAUGGCCAAUCAGGAGCAGGUGUCGGUUCAUGUCACUCUUGGCUGUGGCCAGCUCCAGCUGGGAGGAGCCAACAGGGAACAAGGGUGAGGACGAGCCACCCUUCCGGCAGAGUCCUGAGCAACCUCCCUCCUCACUUCCUCAGCGGUGGCACCAUCGAAGCCACCAUGCCCUCAGGAUCUUGCCUCUUGGACAUCAAGCCCCCCUGCUCUCUGAAGAGCUGUUGGGCAAGGGGUGUGGCUACCCAGCAACCCAUCCUGGUAAGCCCCACCCACUUCUGGUACCUCCCACCUGCACAGCCUCACUGGGCUCCUCCGUGUGGCCUCAACCAGAGAAAUCCUCAAGUCUCCUUCGUGUUUCUGACCCUUCUCCUCUGCCAAAUGGUAUUUCCCCCAGCCUCGUCUUUGCCCAGCAUGAUAAGAACAUUAAUUCUCAGUUACACAACUGUCAGGGGCACAGCCUCUGGGGCCACAGUGGAUUGGCUUGAACAUUGCUUCCUUGCUGGGAGGCCUGGGGCGGGUCACUUGGUCCCUUUUCACCUCAUCUCCUCCUCUAUAAAAUGGUGCAUGGUCCCUACUGCAGGGGUAGAAGUAAGGAUACUAGAAGGGUGUAACUGUAACAUGUUGCCCAGUGCCUAGCAUCAUUUAAUAUCACUAAAAUGUCUCUGGUUAUUCCAGGGUCAUCAUUUCAAAUGAACAAUUAAAAAAAAAAACAGCUCUGGGACAGGCAGGGAUCACACCUCCAGUUUAUAGAUUAGAAAACUAAGACCAUAAGAAGGCUGUGUCCCCAGGGCCUCUGCUUGCCUCACUCCACCACCUGAGGCUCACAGGGGCACUCAACAAGGGGUUCUCUACUAGGGACCUCUCCAGGGGCUCCACGGCCUGA